UUCAAGAAUGGUUCUUUAAUUGUGAAUGUAACUGUAACCAAUCAAAAGUAAACAGAUAUUUAACUGUCUUUCGAACAGAGUGUCCUGUGUUAUAGGAGAACUUAGAGGUUUUGCACUUUUUCCCUCCCUUGCUAUAGAAAAGCAGAGUGACGCAGGUAUUGCUAGUCACUAGCCUGCAGCCCAUCAUUCCCUGUGCAGUUCUGUGGACUUGAUGGCACUGUGCACACAGGGAGAGGAAAAAGAUGAGAAAGAAGGAGAUCUAAGAAAGAAAAUGAGAGGGAACAGCGGCUCACAGAGGAAUGGGGCCCUUCUCCCUUUAUUGAAGCUCCCCUGAGUUGGAUAGCAGCAUGUCAGCGAAGUCUAGGGGGACAUCCUCACCAUCAGAGGAGCAGCCCUCCAAAGCCAAGGUGAAGGAACAGAUCAAGACUAUCGUGGAUGAUUUGGAAUUAGUCCUAGGGGACCUGAAGGAUGUAGCUAAAGAACUAAAAGAGGUGGUUGACCAGAUUGAUACCCUAACUUCUGAUCUACAACUAGAAGAUGAGAUGACAGACAGCUCCAAAACAGACACACUUAACAGCAGCUCAAGUAGCACAACUGCUUCCAGCUUAGAGAAGAUAAAAGAGCGUGCUAAUGCACCAUUAAUAAAUCCCCCAGUGCAUCCAUCUGCUAUCCUUACAGUACUCAGAAAGUCUAAACCACCACGGCCGCCGCCACGUAUGACACCAGUAAAGUUUGAAGACAUGCCUAGGUUAAAUACCUCAUUAAGUAUUGGAAAGAAUAAUGGAAUGCUACUUAGAAAUGGUGGUUUACCUGGUGGUCCUAUCCAGGUUCCCAAUGGUGACAGAUGUACUCUUCAUCAUAAUAUCAAAAUGGAUAAAGUCCAAGCACAGCCUGUGACACACAGACCAGAAAAGGACCGUUGUUCUCAAGCUUCAACAAGAGAACGUGUGCGAUUUAGUGAAAAUGUACUUUACCAUGGUUACUGUCCUGACUGUGAUAUAAGAUCUGAAAUUAAAAACAGAGAGGUACAUCUACAAGGUGAACCCUUACAUUUAGCAGGAAAGCUUCCACAUCAUUGUCCUCCCUUAGCUCCUCAACCGCCACCAUCUCUUCCCAUUGAAAAUGGAUUAUUAGGCGUAAACAUUGGUAGUAGUCACCCUUCUCAAAAAUCGGGACCUGUGCCACCCCAGACUACACCAAAACCUCAGAAAACUAUUUUGAGGAAAUCAACCACUACAACCGUGUGAUGUUUUCAAAUUAUAGUUUAUUUAAAUGAACAUAAUUGAAAUAAACUGACAUGAGCACUUUCAAGCAAUAAAAAAAAUAAAAAAAAAUAUAUAGCCCUACCCUCUUCAAAAAGUGGCAAAAACCCCCCAAACAUUUGCUCCUUGAGGCUGGAAAUAACUUCUACAGUCAUUGACUUCUCCAUUAGUAUCUAAAGUUUACAUGCUUCAUUGUGACUCUUGUAUGGUAAAUCAGUGGAAACAAAACAGAACAGACACUCUUCUAAGCCUCUUGGGUAAUAGCACAAUGACUGGAGUAUCAUUUACAUUAAAUGCAUUGCCCUAAAAAGUCACAGCCUUAAGAAUUGUUCUUCAUAAAUGUACAUCUGGAAAGUAAUGUAAAAGCUAAAACUGCAACUUUUCCUGGAUUGCAGUGAAACAGCUCCAGCAAGCAAAUGAAGAUGGACAGCUAGCAAUAUCAUAUGUGACUAGCAUCACUGAACUAAUUGUUUUGGUCAUGGACGUCAUGGAUAUUAGAUUGUACUAAACAGGUUUUACAUUGCUGAGAUGCGUCUUACUGAUUUCAUUCCAAAAACUCUACUGUACAGUUUAAAGCCAUAGAUGAACAGUAGCAAAGAUGCGAUGCUGAUACAGGAAAGUGUAGUACUAUUUAUCAAAUAAACUAUCAACUGUUUUUCUUGUGGAUUUCAUUGAAUGCAUGUAAUUUAUAUUUGCACCGUCAAAUCCAUUCAGGGUAAUGAUAAGUGCCAUCAUUUGCACAUUUAAACAGGAAAGCAUAAGAUGGUUUUAUAGUGCAAGACAACUGAGAUAUUCCAGAACAUGAGCUUAUUGCCCUCUAAACCCAAAGAAACAUGUAAAAGAUAUGAUUAUUGCAGUAUAUAGUGAUACUUUUAUUUGAAUAAUAUUUCUUCCUCAGGUUUAUAUAUUUUCAAGGCAAAAAACUAAGGAAAGGGGUAUACAGCUAAAAGGUUGUCUUUUCAUAUGACAUGUAAUUCAAUUAAAAAAAGAAUCACUGUAUAAUAAAAUAAUCUUUUUUUCAGAACUAACAUCUAAAAUAGUGAUGUCUUAAUAUAUUUAUGAGAUGGCAGGUGUUAUUAAUUAAUUAAAUAAUUCUAAUGAUAAAGUUGCCUGAUAAUCAAUAGCUACAUUCAAUGUUUAAGUUGAUAUAAGUUUGUAUUCAGUAAGUGUAUAUUCAAACCGUGCAUAUUCUCAAAUAAUUGUCCGAAACAUACAUUUAUGUUUUUAUACUUAUCAUAAAUUUGCCAAGGAUUAAAAUUAAUUCAUUAUACCUAGAUGAUUAAAAAACUGUUAUUCUUUGCAUAACAACAAUUGAAAAUAUUAUUAAUGUUCUAGUCUAUAUGUCAAUGUGUCAUUGAGCUGUAAUUUAAAAAUUGGGAGCCCUGUUUUGAACUUUUUUUUGUUUGUUUAUAUGAUUAAUUUCUAUACAUCUUUGCUCAUGUCCUUAUUAUAAUGGGGGAAAAAAGUUUAUUUUUUUAAAAUGCAAAAAAUGUGUCAUGUCAGGUCACUGCAAUUUCAGGCUGAAAGCUUUAAUAUAAAUACUAUGUACUAUAUUGUAAAAUUAUAGAAUAUAUUUCUACUUACAUUCAUGUAUAAAAACUAUUUUUCACUAUAAAUUUCAAUAAAAAAAGUUAUUUUGAUAUUAAUAAUAUGAUGGAUUAAAGAAUGCAGGUAUAAAAGAAAUGUACGGGUGUCUUUAUAAUAUUUUAGGUUUGAAAAACAACACUAGUAACAAAGAAUAUUUCUGAAUACUUGCUGGCAUUUAUUGUACUUGUUGAUGCAUUUUUUCGACUUUCUGUAAUUUGUUUAAUUACGUUUGAUCAAAUAUUCUUCUUUUCUACAUUUCAGGCCAAUCACUUUAUGAUUUCCUUUCCUAUGUCUACCUGACCUUAAAAGGAAAAUGGUAUCCAAAAUUAUCUCUGCUGCAAUAAGUGAACUAUUGCAGGGCAUAACCAUAAACCUAGCCACCUAGAUUCAACCAGAUAGACACUCUCUAUUUCUAUGCUAUUCCAUAUUUAUAAACAGGGGUGGCACUAGGCAGCCAUGGGUGGUUGUGAUAUUAUCAUUAAACCACAAACCCCAGCUGCCUUGGAUUUACAAUUUAGUACCUUUAUUUUAAUUUUAUUAUUAUUAUUACUAUUAUUAUUAUUAUUUUUUGCAUGUUCGGUAUUCUGCACAAAGCAAAAAGUGAGACAAAUUAGGGGAUAUUAAAAAAGAAGGUACUAAUAGAUGAUGAGGUACCCCACUAGUACGUCCUGCAUCCUUAAAGGGACAUAAGGAAUCUUGUAACAAUAAUACUUUUCUGUAAUAAUAACAGAAUGUUAAAACUUUCAGAAUAUAUUAAUACAUUAUUUGAUUCAAUUGUUUUUCAGUAGUCAAACGUUUUCUCCAUUUGCCUUAUUUGAAGGAGCCAAUAUAGACUAGUUGCUGGAGAAAAUGAGACUAAAGACAUAAUAAAAUAAAAUUCCAUUUUUUUGUAGUAAGUAUUGUUAAAUUUCAUAUUACAAUAUCAAAGUAUGUCAUGCCCUAUUAUAUUUAUUUUAAUAAAGUUUAGUGAAUUAAUAACCUGGAAAGUAGAGAACCUGGAAGGUUUUCCUCAACUAAACAAAUAUAAAUUUAUGAAUACCAGGGGAUUAUCAUUAAAGGUACAUAAUAACCAAUGUUGAAACACUUAAAAGUGAUGCAGAAUAGCUGUAAAAAAGCUGACUAGAAAAUAUCACCUGAACAUCUCUAUGUAAAAAAGGAAGAUUUUUUACCUCAAAAUUUACUUGUAUUCACACCUCACUGUAAAGAGACUUUAAGCAGCCAAUCAGAAUGCUAGCCUCGGACUUGGGAGUGUCCAUCUGGCAUGUACAGGUAUAAUCAUGUUAUUUUCCUAUUCAGUUUAAGGAAGUUUACUAUGAAAUCUCACAAGAUUUCAGUGAAAUCUCAAGAGAUCACAGAAAAGCAAUGCAUUACCUCAGCACUGCUGAUGCCAAUUGAUUUUUUUUUCCAACUUGCAGCAGGACAGCAGCUGAAGUAUAACUGUUCACAGAGCUCUUACUCAGGUGAGCUGAAGAAAUUGUGAGGUAAAAUAUAUUCCCUUUUUACAUAGAGAUAUUCAGGUGAUAUUUUAAUGUCAGCUUUUUACAGUUAUGCUGCAUCACUUUCAAGUAAUUUAGCAUACAUGUAUUAUGUCCCUUUAAUGUAGCUACAAAUGAAAAUAAAAAAAAAAUCUUCUGCAAAGUAUACUGUGUUAAACAACAUAAGCCUUGUAUUUGUAGAAGAAUUGUGAAUUAUUGAAAAAAAAAGAACACACUACUCUUUGGUUGCAAAGUUUAAUUCAAUACAUUUAUUUAAUGUUACUUGAAAGUGAAGUUAUCCGAAGAAAGCUAAUGUCAAGAUGCCACUAGAGUAUACAGAUCUUAUUACUUUUAAGACAUCAUUUUAUUUUUCUAGAUGUGUAAUCUGUUUAAUUUUGACCUUUAUAUAACUGUUUAAAUGCUAUGCCUAUCCACCAUAUGGUUCAUAUGUUUUAUUUAGGUUUUUACUGUCAUAAUAGCAAUGUCAUUUAAUAAAUAAUACUGUUGAUUUUUUGUUUGUUCAAUAAAUGAAUAUUAUUUGCUUAAAUGUAUUCCUAUGAGCAAAUCUCAUGCAUCUUGCUAUUACAGUUUUCACACUAUAGAUACAAAAAUAUUGUGAGAAUAUGGGUAAAAAUGUGUGUCAUUUUAAAUAUUUUAUAAAAAAUUGAAUUUUAUCUUUUUAAUAAAAUGUUUAAUUAUUUUGAAAUAA